UGUUUGUUUGUUUGUUUGUGUAUAUCAUCAACAUUCCUAACUGAAUCUCCCUAACUCAAUUUCCUAACUUAGCAAACCCAACAAACACUAAUAUAUUUUUUUCCUUACAUAAUCUAACUUACUUUUAAAAUCCUAACAAUUUUUUUCCUUAAUAAAACCCUAACCUAACCUCUUAACUUAAUUUCAAAAGGCUAAUAUAAUUUUUCCUUAAUAAAACCUUAACUUAACGUAAUUUUAAAGGCCUAAUUUCUCCUAACCUCCUUCCAAAAAGAGCCUAAUAUAUUUUUAUCUUAAUAUAAUUUUAACUUAAACUCCUAACUUGAUUCCACUUCGUUUUCAUUCGUCUGUUAAUUUUUAUAAGCCAAAGAUUUAUCAGUCAUAGUAUUUUAAGAUGCUCAUUUGGUUGGUGGCCAUGUUGGUGUACGUACGUAUGUAUGUAUGUAUUAUGUACGUACAUUUUAAACUCUCAUUUGACUUAAGAGAUACGAAGAAAAAAAAAAUCAGUAUUAUUUUUUGUAAUUAAGUAUUUACAGUACAAUUAUUUUUACAAAGGCAACUAAUAUUGUCUUAGUCGUAAUAUUAAGAUUAUUAUUAUUAUUAUUAUUAUUAUUAUUAUUAUUAUUAUUAUUAUUAUUAUUAUUAUUAUUAUUAUUAUUAUUUCAGGGAAUUUAUUUAAUAUUUCUAGUCAAUAUUUAGACCUGAGAGAGAGAGAGAGAGAGAGAGAGAGAGAGAGAGAGAGAGAGAGAGAGAGAGAGAGAAUUUUCUUUACUUUUUCUUUUUUAGAAUGAAGAGAGAGAGAGAGAGAGAGAGAGAGAGAGAGAGAGAGAGAGAGAGAGAGAGAGAGAGAGAGAAUUUUCUUUACUUUUUCUUUUUUUAGAAUGAAGAGAGAGAGGGGGAGGGAGAGAGAGAGAGAGAGAGAGAGAGAGAGAGAGAGAGAGAGAAUUUUCUUUACUUUUUCUUUUUUAGAAUGAAGAGAGAGGGAGAGAGAGAGAGAGAGAGAGAGAGAAUUUUCUUUACUUUUUCUUUUUUAGAAUGGAGAGGGAGGGAGAGAGAGAGAGAGAGAGAGAGAGAGAGAGAGAGAGAGAGAGAGAGAGAGAGAGACCCUUUAUUUAAACCCUAUUGCCUUGUACUUCAUAUUCUCUCUCUCUCUCUCUCUCUCUCUCUCUCUCUCUCUCUCUCUCUCUCUCUCUCUCUCUCUCUCUCUCUCUCUCUGUGACAACGACUGAGAGUUAAUAAAUAAAUAAUAAUAAUAAUAAUGAUAAUAGAUAUUUCAAUUAUUGCAUUUAGAGAGAGAGAGAGAGAGAGAGAGAGAGAGAGAGAGAGAGAGAGAGAGAGCGUACAAAUAUAUAGUAAAAAUGAUAUUAUUUCCUGUAAUAUAAAUGUAAUCUUUUAUUUAUUUAUUUAUUUAUUUAUUUAUUUAUCCAUUUAUUUAUCCUGUUAAAAAAUAAUCAUUAAAAAAUAUGAAAAAAAAAUUAAAUAUUUGUCCCUUUAAAUGUAUGUGUGCGUGCGUGCGUGCGUGCGUGUGUACUUAUAAUUACUUACACAAAUUACUUAAGUGUCUGUACGUGUUACUAAAGCUCUCCUGUGAUUAUUAUUAUUAUUAUUAUUAUUAUUAUUAUUAUUAUUAUUAUUAUUAUUAUUAUUAUUGUGUGUCUAAUAAAUAUUUCUAAAUAA